AUGACUCUGAAUACGAACUUUCGCGGCCCGUGCACCUUCAUACACAUUGCACUCACCCGCUUCCUGUUGCAUCACUCUUCCAAUUUUGUCAAAAUGGCUUCCAAGACUUUGACGGCUUCGUGCCGCUGCAACAGCGUCCACUUUACUGUCACCAUUCCCACCGAAGUUCUUCCCUUGAAAAUACACUUAUGUCACUGCAGCAUCUGUCGCUACAGUCAUGGUGCACCAUGCGCCUUUCACGCGCCACUACCGCCUGGCGUGGAGCUUCAAUUUAUUGACCCAUCGGGCUAUGACAAGAUGACUAGUUAUCGGCACGCAGCGUCAGUGGCAACAGGCUACUUCUGUAGCACUUGUGGCUGCCAGAUUGGAGGAUUUGAGAGCCAAUGGACAAUCUCUACCUCAAUAUUCGACGCCAAUAGAGAAGAUGAAGGGAUUUGGAAGUUCAAUUCCCAUAUGCUUCCGGAUUCUGCUCCAGACGGUGGCCUUGCAGCUGUCUUUUCGGCUGUUGACGGACAUCAAAUGGAAACCGAAAAUCUAGGAUUAUCUCCACAGGCUAUAGCUGGAAGCGAUUCCAAGCCACCGGAUCGCGAAAGCAAAGAUCUUCUCGCGCAGUGUCAUUGCACUGGAGUUUCAUUUCUUAUUGCCCGACCCAGCGAGAAGUUUAUUGCAAGCCCUAAAAGCAAAGGUCUCAUUUCACCCUCGGAUAAGAGGAAGUGGCUUGCACGUAUGGAUCUCGGUGACGACUCUCGCCUGGUCAGUGGCGCCAAUGUCAUUAGCUGGAUGUCUGUCUCAGCUGACCACAUCACGCCGCGUCUGCCAAAAGACUUAUUGAUCGGAUCGGCGAAGGCAUAUUGCCCAUCGAAAGAUACACUGCUUGUGUUCUGUGGCACAUGUGGCGCGACUGUCUUUUCUCAUUCCGAGGAGCGACCGGAGAUUGUAGAUGUGGCCAUGGGUAUCGUGCGUGCGCCCGAAGGUGCCAUGGCGGAGGACUGGAAUGUUUGGGCGACUAAAGUAUCACGACCAGAGAACGGAAUGAGAUACCAAGCUGGCUUUGCUCGUGCGCUGACCGAGGGGAUGCAGCGAUGGGGGGCUGAACGGGGGCAUCCACAGGAUUCGGGGUUGGCAUAG